AUGACACCUGAUCGUGACAACGAUUCUAUGUUACCAAAUGGGUUAUGCGAUGACAGACGACCGAGUCCGCCAGCGUGGAGGCCGCCACGGUCGAUAGCCGAAUCGUUACUUCCACAACAUUCCUUGAUAUCUGUUGCGCAUCCUCAUACGAUAAACGCAUCAGUACAACCUCGCGCAAGUCCAAAUUCGUCGCCACCAUUUCAAGCGGCGCCACCAGCCUUCCUUUCUGGAACUACUAUUGGUGUAUGCCCUGAUCACCUUGGUGGUAGACCAUCAGGCGCGGACUGUCCGAAAUGCGAACUUAUUUUGAAUUCAGGUAGACUCGGCGGCCCAUUGGCGGGCAUGCACAGUCGUAAUUCCUGCAAAACAUUGAAAUGUCCAAAAUGCAACUGGCAUUACAAAUACCAGGAAACUUUAGAAAUACACAUGAAAGAAAAGCACCCUGAAGCGGAAACCAGCUGCAUUUAUUGCAUUGCUGGACAACCACAUCCUCGAUUGGCCCGUGGUGAGACCUACACAUGUGGUUACAAGCCGUACCGAUGUGAAGUUUGCAACUAUUCUACCACAACUAAAGGCAACCUUAGCAUUCACAUGCAAUCAGACAAGCAUUUAAACAACAUGCAAGAACUGCAAAAUGGCGGCAACCCCGGAGAAAGUUCAUUGCCACCAGCUCCUCAGCAUACCCCGCCAGGCGGGCAUAAACCACCGCUACCUCAUCAUUCGCCCUUAGGUCAAAAGCCAAAACCGACCUUUCGCUGUGAUGUCUGCAAUUACGAGACUAAUGUUGCACGCAAUCUGCGAAUACACAUGACCUCGGAGAAGCACACACACAAUAUGCUGGUGCUGCAGCAAAACGUGAAACACAUGCAAACCCUUUCUGCAUUACACCAUAGACAACAAAGCCAGCAGCAGUUGGAAAGCUUGUUACAUUUCCAUAGCGGCGAAGCGCCUCCACCGAAUCCAGAAGCCGCCCUCGCCGACAUGGCGUACAACCAAGCCCUGAUGAUACAACUCAUGACUGGAGGCCCCGGGCCAUCACCACCCGAACUGGGGGCGCAUCUAGACGUUGGACUCAACCCAGAAGCGAUGGAACCACCACCCGAACCAGCUGAUCCCGAGCCAGAGAGGACAUACCACUGUUGCAUCUGCAACUGCUUCUCCACCGAUUCGUUAGAAGCACUCGGCCACCACUUGGCGCAGGACCGUACGAAGAUACGCGAACAGGAGAUCCUGGCCCUGGUAGCAGGACACUACGUCUGCAAGCUGUGCACGUACAAAACGAACCUCAAGGCCAACUUUCAGCUGCACUGCAAGACUGACAAGCAUCUGCAGCGGCUGCAGCACGUGAACCACGUCAAGGAGGGCGGGCCGCGGAACGAGUGGAAGCUGAAGUUCUGCGGUGGAGUGGGCACUAGUGGUGCAGGUGUCGGUGGAGUGCAGGUACGAUGCUGCGCUUGCGACUACUACACGAACUCCGCCCACAAGCUGCAGUUGCACGCCGCUGGGGCGCGGCACGAAGCGGCCGCCUUGUUACUGAGGCACCUCCGGGAGUGCGCGGCCAGGAUCCCACGUGACCGCGCACGCGUGUACCGCUGCGCCCUUUGCGGCUUCGGCGCGCCGCACCGUCUGCCCCUCCUGCAGCACGUGCGCUCCGUGAAACACUUGCAAAUGGAGCAAAUCCAUCAGCUGCAACGGCGCUCCGAGGGCAAGGACCCCACGCCAGACGUCGCCGAGCUCUUCCAAGUUAUUCCCCAACCGCCUGAGCUGCCAAGCCCGUACGAUCAACAGGAAGACAAUAAGGAGCCAAUCGACCAAAAACCCGAAUUGACUCAAGAACAGAAAAUGAUGCGAUUCUUGGAGCAGCACCAACACCAGCACCAGCAGCAACAGCAGCAACAACAACAACAACAGCCGCCGCUCCAGCAACAGCCCCAACAAGGGCCGAGCGAACGCGAAGACGAUCACGACACUCCCGGACAACACGCCUGCCCAUACUGCAACUUUAGUUGCGCCGCCGAAUCCAGACUGCACGCGCACGUCACCACCGUGCACGGAGACACGGCGCGUCAUUUCAUCUGCCCUCUAUGCCAGGAUGCGUUCAAAGAGCGGCCGGCCCUAGAAAGGCAUGUCAUGCAAAUACAUUCGGUCAACUCCGAGGGCCUACAGAGACUGCUACUCCUUGUUGACCAAAGCCAUUGGCUGAAUGGGGGAUCACACCCGCAGAGGGAGGAAACCCGACAAGCAGAGGACGACCGCGAGAUCUCUUCGCCGCGCUCGGAGGGGAGCGUGGACGGCGAAACCGAGCGAUGCUCCACUUGCAACAGGACGUUCCGCAACGUCGACGAACUCUGCCAUCACCAGAACGAAUCGGGCCAUUUGGAACUGAAGCAGACACCGCAAGGCCCCGGAUACUUCUGUUGGAAGAAAGGCUGCAACAGAUACUUCGACGCGGCGCACGCCCUACAAAAUCACUUUAGGGAAGCUCACGCUCGCAACUCUAUUGCGAACAUGUCGGUGUCCGAAAAACACGUAUAUAAAUACAGGUGUAAUCAAUGCAGCUUAGCUUUCAAAACCAUUGAGAAAUUACAAUUACACUCUCAAUAUCACGUCAUAAGGGACGCAACAAAAUGUGUGCUAUGCGGACGAAGCUUCCGUUCUGUCUUAGCUCUACAGAAACAUGUCGAGACCUCUCACUCUGAGCUCUCGGAAGAAGAUCUCGCUGCGUUCAAAAGGAGUCUCGCAUCAAAUCCUUUACUACAAGCGAACCAGGGCACUGCACUAGAUCCUGCUACGGCUGAAUUAUUACGCAAAGAAGCUCUUAGGACUCCAGACGAUGAGCUAGGUGAGAUGGAAGAUCGCGAUUCGAGCGCCACCGCUGCUGACGAAUCGGGCCAUAACGAUGCCGAAAACUCCGACGAUUCGAUAAUAUAUAAAGAUCAACAAUUUUUGGAAGACUACUUAAACUCGCAGGCAAUGGCCGAAGACUCAUACAAUGACCCGAACAGGAAAUAUAAAUGUCACCGAUGCAAAGUGGCAUUCACCCGCCAGUCUUAUUUAACUGCUCACAAUAAAACGCUUUUGCACAGAAAAGGCGAAAAGCUAACAUACCCGAUGGAAAAAUACCUCGAUCCAAAUAGACCUUUCAAAUGCGAUGUAUGCAAGGAGUCGUUUACACAAAAGAAUAUUUUGCUUGUUCAUUACAACAGUGUUAGUCAUUUGCACAAAUUAAAGAGGGCCAUGCAAGAACAACAGAACAAUAACAACCCUCCCGUAUCACCCGGAGCUGGGACAGCGCCCUCCAAUUUGACGCUCACCCCAAAAAGUACAUCUAGCGAAGAAGACGAUCGUAAACGUUAUAAGUGCAAUAUAUGCAAAGUAGCUUACACGCAGGGCAGCACCCUAGACAUUCACAUGAGAUCGGUGCUGCAUCAAACGCGAGCGGGUAAGUUGCAAGAGCUCGCCGCGGCCGGCCACGUGGACUUGACGCGUCCUUUAGUCGAGCAACCCGAUAGAACGGACCCCGCGAAAAUAUUACAAGACGUAUUGUCGCCGAAAAAUACAUCCCCUUCUUCGACGAGCAGCGGGGGGCCCCGCUCCUCGCCCCCCGCGCGCCCAGGUAGCCCUCGCUCCCCUCGCGCAGGUAGCGCCUCGUGCGAUCGGUGCCACGCGUCAUUUCCUAACGUUGAGCUACUCGACGCACACCGUGCGACCUCAUGUCCGUUUGGCGAUGCGCGGGCGCAUUCGCCGCUAGGUGACGCGGAGCAAGCUGCGCUGGACGAGAUGGUCGCCAAGGGCAACCCGCCCAAACGAAACUCACAAAUGUAUAAGCAGCUUUUGGAGACAUUCGGCUUCGAUCUCGUCAUGCAAUACAAUGAGAAUCAACGGCGGAAAUUGCAAGAGGAGCGCGAAAUGGCGCGCGCGCCCAGCCCGCCGCCCCCGCCCCCUGAAGAAAAGCCUCCGGAUGGGGAAACGAAAUCGACGUGUCAACAUUGUAACAAGGAAUUCUCUAGUGUGUUCGUUUUAAAAACUCAUUGUGAAGAAGUGCAUAAAGAUAAAGUUCCGCUCGAGUUUUUAGAGCAAUUCGCGGAGCAGUUCAAAUCAGAAUAUGAGAGGAAAUCGGGAGCGCCAAAUUCGCCCCGUGCGGCAUCGCCCGCGCCGCAGGACGAGAGGUCGCCUUCGCCGCGGGGCGAGGCUAAUAACAGCUUCAAUGAAAACGGUACUGGUCCGGGUGAUGCGCAGGCAGGAGCCCUGCUAGCGGCUCAGGUGCAAGAAAUGCAAGCUGCACUCAACAUGCUACAAUUACAGCAACAGCUCGGACAGCUGCACCCUAUGAUGGCUCAGAUGUUGUCCCUGGGACUUCCUUUGGGCUUGAACGUCGGAGCUCUGGCUGCUAUGAACCUGCAGCCACCGCUGGUUCCUCUGAUGCUUCCACCUCCACCUUUCGACGCAAUGCCAUUCGCACACGACGCGCAAAUUAAACAACAGCAGCUAUUGCAGCAACAGCAACAGGCGAAUGCUGCGGCCGGACAAAAGCGUGCGCGCACUCGUAUAACGGAUGAACAAUUGAAAAUACUACGAGCGCACUUCGACAUUAAUAAUUCUCCCAGCGACGAAGCAAUUGCGAAGAUGGCUCAGCAGUCAGGUUUAGCGACAAAAGUUAUCAAGCACUGGUUCCGGAACACUCUGUUUAAGGAGCGUCAACGCAAUAAGGACUCGCCUUAUAACUUUAAUAAUCCUCCUUCAACAACACUUAAUCUCGAAGAAUACGAGAAAACUGGCGAAGCCAAAGUGACUCCUUUGGAUUCAUCGGCGAGUUCUGAUGAAGGCAAACCACCACCUGAAAAAAAAGCAAAAACUGAAGACACUACACCAAUAACACAUCAGGAAGUCAAAUCUGAACCAAAUGACGAACCGACAAUGGAAGAGAAAUAUAAUUCUUAUGACGACAGACAUCAAGAGGAUAAGAGUUUUAUAUUUCCUCAGGCCCCAUUACAAAGUCCGGCAUUAAAUAAUUCUGAUCAUCAACAAAAUAUUUCACGACCACAGACACCAACACAUUUGUCGCUAAAUUCAUUAAUCCAGUCUCAGUUAGAUUCAAUACCGGCGACAAGUAUACCACAACCACCACAUCCAUCUAUGUUGCCGCCAAAAUUAAAUCCAAACUUCACGUCCCCAAACUCCGCGCCCCCGAACGUCCUGCCUUUGACCCCAAAUCGCAGCCUGAGUCCUGGCAGAGGACCGGCGGAUUUCGGACUUUCCGGGGGCAACUCGAAUGGAUCCAACAGCUCGGGGUCUUCUGGCAAACGCGCCAACAGAACUAGAUUCACUGAUUAUCAAAUCAAAGUACUACAAGAAUUUUUUGAGAACAACGCCUAUCCUAAAGAUGAUGACUUAGAAUAUCUUUCAAAACUCCUUGGACUAAGUCCUAGAGUUAUUGUGGUGUGGUUUCAAAACGCUCGCCAAAAAGCACGAAAAGUUUAUGAAAAUCAGCCAGCAGCAGAACCACCCACUGGAGCAACCGAUGAUGCAAAUAGAUUUCAACGUACUCCUGGUUUAAAUUAUCAAUGCAAGAAAUGCCAGUUAGUGUUUCAGAGAUACUAUGAAUUGAUAAGACAUCAGAAAACACAUUGUUUUAAAGAAGAAGACGCGAAGCGUUCAGCUCAAGCUCAGGCAGCUGCCGCCCAAGUAGCUGCUACUCUGAGUAGUGAAGAUUCAAAUUCAAGCACAGUUGAACAUCAUGUGCCUCACGUACCAGUUUCUCCUGCUCCACCUCGUACUCCAACACCCGCUGCCCCUAACUACCCAGUAUCGCCGGCUCCACAGGCCCCUCUUACACCAGUAACUCCCAUUACUCAUCAGCCACGAACCGAAGAGAAAGACGAUAAUUUUCAAUGCGAUAAAUGCAACCUUGUCUUCCCUCGAUUUGAUUUAUGGCGGGAACAUCAACUUGUUCAUAUAAUGAACCCAAACUUAUUUCCCACGUAUCCACCAGAUUCACCAUUUGGAAUACUUCAACAACACGCACAGUUACAACAAUUAAACGCCACGCUUGCUAAUGAGGAAUCACGUCAUCCUUUAGUGGCAGCACUUAACCAACAAGUUGCGAAAAGGAAAUUUGAUGAAUUUGAAGAAAUAGACACAGGAGAACAACCAAAAGACAAACGGUUAAGAACUACCAUUUUGCCAGAACAAUUAGAUUACUUAUACCAAAAGUAUCAAAUAGAGUCAAAUCCAUCACGAAAAAUGUUGGAAAAUAUUGCUCGAGAAGUGGGUUUAAAAAAAAGGGUGGUACAAGUUUGGUUUCAAAAUACAAGAGCUCGGGAGAGAAAAGGCCAAUUUCGGGCCCAUGCACAGGUUAUCAAUAAACGAUGUCCCUUUUGUCCUGCGUUAUUUAAAGUGAAGAGUGCUUUAGAGAGCCACUUAAGCACCAAACACGCAGAUCAGUGUGCACGAGGUGAAAUAAACGUAGAUGCUCUACCAGAUGAAGAAUUAAGCACCGAAUCAACCCCAAGCUUUGGUUCUCAACAAAGUGAUAGGCAGCAAAAUUUUUCCCAAGGGGGGGCUCCCAUGUUGCCCCCUAUUUUCCCGCCUUUUCACUCAGACAUGGAGAAAUUUAUCAAGCAGUACAGUGAAGAAUCAAUGAAACGCUACGUAAGUGAAUUGCAAGCUCACGCUGUCGCGCAACAAAAUGGCGCUAAUAAUGAGUCUGCAGAAAGACAAUUAUCUCAUGGAAAAUCAGAAAUACCAUUAGAUCUCAGCAAGCCAGUAGACCUGUCACGCCCAGGAUCGGAUGCAGAUGAACGCUCAGACACUGCGUCAGAAACAAUGGAGUUCUACGAGGAAGAUGAGCCGACGUCACCAUUACCAGGUCAACAACAAACGACCCGGCCACCUGGAAAACGCUUCCGCACUCAAAUGUCAUCAGUACAAGUAAAAAUAAUGAAGUCUUUGUUCAACGACUACAAAACACCAACAAUGGCGGAGUGUGAAGCCUUGGGCCGAGAAAUUGGCUUACCCAAGCGCGUGGUGCAAGUAUGGUUCCAGAAUGCACGUGCCAAAGAAAAGAAAGCACGACUAGCGGCAGGCUUGUCGGAAGUGUCGGACGCACCUCCGCCGGAGGAAUGUCGCGUUUGCGAUUUUAAGUACAGCCACAAGUAUUCAGUGCAAGAUCACGUGUUCACGCGCGGGCACAUCGCAGCUGUGCGCGCGCGGUUAGAGAGCGGCGUUGGCGGUGCGGACGACGGCACGCUGGCCCUCAUGCAGAUGGCGGCACGGCUCGAGAGCGGCAUCGGCAGCGAACUGCACAACGCUUUUCUGAGACCCCAACUCGCCGGCAACGGUGAGUGCACCACU